GGAAGCGGAAAUUCGUGUUUGCUGCUUUAGUAACACACUGAGAGUACUGGCUUUGUGAUGCUAUAUUUACAUCGUUAUUGAAUAGUUAUACGUAUUUAGGAAGCAGAACGUGUGUAUUUUCUGUAAGUGCAUUAAGUGAGACAGUUUGAGUUAUUUAGAGUACAUAAAUACGUCAUGUGGAAGUUUCUGAUAAGUCAAAUCUAACCAUUGACUGGACGAUAGCUAGCCGCUACUGUUAGCUUGUUUGUUGCUGCUUUACAGAAGAAUCCGUGGUAUCGACUGAUCAUGGCAGAUCCUGCGCGGAAAAAACCGGAAGAUACUUCUGACAGGACGGCUUCUUCUAGUGAGGAGCAUGAUAAAACCGAAAUAACUGAACAUCCACUUGUUUCAGAAAAAGCUGCCGACGAAAACAAACAGUCGUCCUCCCAAGAUGAGGCAAAAGCAGAGGUCAAAGCUGAGACUGCAGCAGGAGGAGAUGAUGAAGAGGAGGGGACAUCUGGUCAGCCCGCUUCUAAACGACUGAAGAUUGAGCCAGAGAAGAAAAAGGAAAAGCGCCAUAAGGUUGAUGAAGAUGAAAUACAAAAGAUGCAGGUUUUGGUGUCAUCCUUUUCUGAAGAGCAGCUGAAUCGCUACGAGAUGUACAGACGUUCUGCCUUCCCAAAGGCUGCCAUUAAAAGACUGAUCCAGUCCAUAACAGGAUCAUCAGUGUCCCAGAAUGUGGUCAUAGCAAUGUCUGGCAUUGCUAAGGUUUUUGCUGGGGAAAUAGUUGAAGAGGCGCUGGAUGUUUGUGAGAAGUGGGGAGACACACCACCGCUUCAGCCCAAACACAUGAGGGAAGCAGUGAGGAGGCUCAAGAGUCGAGAUCAGAUCCCCAACACCAAGUAUAAAAACAUUAUAUUUCACUGAGACCCAAAGAAGAAAGGCGGCUAAAGAGAGUGGCGCAUCACAUGUGAAACACAUCACAACCAUUAUCUAACUGAUCAAGCUCUAUCUAAGAAUGAUUAAAGAACAGUCAAUGCUGGAAGUCAACCACUUAAACUGGUCAACACACAUGUAAAUAGUUGUAUCAUUUUGUUAUUAAAGCUUUUGUUCAUGUUUAGUUUAGAAAUGUUUAAGUUUUUUUUUUUACAGCCACACAAGGUAGACUUAAACUAUUUUUUUUCAAAAUUUCAAGCAAAUCAAUUUUGUAAUCUACUUUUUGUAAAUAAACUGUUUUAUUUUGGAAACGGGAAGAAGAAAAAAGCAC